AUGGGUAGUGUCUUCUCUGCUCUCGAUGCUCGGCUGAACUUCAGCAAUACCGUGACUGUCCUACGGCAGUCUUUCCCUCCUAAGUCUACCUUCAGUACAGAUCAGAUUCCUGACCUCACCGGGCAAGUAAUCAUUGUGACUGGAGGGAAUACUGGAAUUGGCAAGGAGACCGUAUUGAGACUCCUGGAACACAAUGCCAAGGUCUAUCUGGCCGCGCGGAGCAAAGAGAAAGCCGAUGCCGCCAUCAAGGACCUGAAAGAGCUCUCUGGAAAGGAAGCCAUCUUCUUAGAGUUGGAUCUGGCCAGCUUUGCCUCUGUUCGCAAGGCCGUCGCAGAAUUCAUGAGCAAAGAGAAGGAAUUACACGUUCUCUUCAACAACGCGGGUGUCAUGAUGUGUCCCACUAGUUACCUUACUGUUGAAGGGUUCGACAUGCAGUUUGGAACCAACGUAAUCGGACACUAUCUGUUCACGAAGCUCCUCAUACCUGCUCUUGUCGCUGGGAAAGAGACUUCACCAGACCACCAUACCCGUGUAAUCCACACGUCGUCAUCAGGAGCAUAUCUAUACGCCAUAGAUUUUGACACGUUCUUACCCGGACCUACGAGGUCAAAAUUGUCUACGAGCGAGCUCUACUUCCAGAGUAAAUUUGCAAACGUAGUAGUGUCACGACAAUUCGCGAAGCGCUACGCAGACCAAGGCAUCAUUUCUAUCGCCUUAGAUCCAGGUAACAUCCGUACAGACUUGCAGCGCUACACCAAUGCAUUCAUUCAGAAGCUUUCCGAUGUUGUGCUUCGUCCCGUAAAGUUCGGCGCACUCACCCAGCUAUAUGCUGGUACAAUGCCAGAGGCAGUAAAUCAUAAUGGCAAGUUUUUGAUCCCCUAUGCUCGAGUAGGCAUCUGCAGAAAGGAGGCCUACGACGAAGCCAUUGGAGAACACUUGUGGGACUGGCUUGAGGAGCAAGUUAGCUCAAAGUAG